AUUGUCUUUUGAAAGUCUGGUAUCCUAUGACUGGCUGGAAGUCUUCAAUUAUACCUCAGAAUCAUCAUGAAGUGAAAAAGAGACAGGCGGCUACCCAGUUUUCCUUCGUUUAUUUGGCACAUCCCCGAGCUGUGACAGGUUUUUCAUGGAGAAAAACUAGCAAGUACAUGCCCAGAGGUUCAGUCUGUAAUGUGUUAUUAACUUCCUGCCAUGAUGGCGUCUGCCGACUCUGGGCGGAGACAUUGUUACCAGAAGACUGCCUUUUGGGUGAGCAGAUUUGUGAGACCACCACUUCCAGCAUUGCCGGCAACCUUUCUCAGACGGGAAGACACAAAGACAGAAUACAACAUGCUCUGGAGACUAUUCACCAUUUGAAAAAUUUAAGAAAAGGACAAAGGAGAUCUUCUAUUCUUGUAACUCACGCUGAAUUAAUGCCUGACCAGACGGCAACACAUGAAGUUCAAAGACACAUUUCUCACCAUGCAAAUGCACUGUGUCACUUUCACAUUGCAGCGAGCAUCAAUCCGGCAACAGAUAUUCCAAAUGUUUUGGCUGGCACGGUGUUUAACAUUGACGAUGCAAAUGGCUUUGUAGUUCAUUGGCUAAACAAUAAGGAAUUUCAUUUUACUUCAUCUACUGAAAUAUUCAUACAGCAAUUACGAAAACUUUCUGAAAAGCAAGUAGACCAUGAAAGCGAAGAUGCAGACAGAGAAGAUGAAGCACAUUCACAGGAAGAAAGAGAAAGAGGUUUGCAUAUGAAACUAGACCAUGAAUUAUCCCUAGAUAGAGAAUCCGAGGCAGGUACAGGAUCAUCAGAACAUGAAGAUGGGGAAAGAGAGGGAAGCCCUAGGACCUAUUCACGAUCUAGCAUCCCUAUGCCACUGCCUACGGUCUUGCUCGAUCGGAAGAUUGAAAUGCUGCUAACCGAAUGGAAUAAGAAUCCCGACAUGCUUUUCACUAUUCACCCUGUAGAUGGUACCUUUCUCGUGUGGCACAUAAAGUAUUUGGAUGAAUAUAAUCCUGGAAUAUUUAGACAAGUUCAGGUUUCUUUUUCUUCUCGGAUUCCUGUUGCAUUUCCGUCUGGCGACGCAAGCUCUCUUAGUAAAAACAUCAUGAUGUAUGCCUGUAUAAAUGCUACAAAGGAUUCUCACCACACCCUGUUGCAUCAAGAGAUGUUGGCUGUGGGCAGUCCUCAGGGAUCGAAGUCCUGCUCGAGACCACACAGUACAAACAUGAACAUUUUAGCCCCCACAGUGAUGAUGGUCUCUAAACACAUAGAUGGCUCGUUAAAUCAAUGGGCAGUCACUUUUGCCGAUAAAUCUGCCUUUACCACUGUCCUCACUGUGUCUCACAAAUUUAGAUAUUGCGGUCAUCGAUUUCACCUCAAUGACCUGGCCUGUCACUCUGUUUUACCACUGCUACUGACAUCAUCUCAUCAUAAUGCUCUGCUGACUCCUGAAGCAGAUUGUCACUGGGACUCAGACAAUCAAUUAAAUAGACUUAUGGAUCCUGUAAAACACCUAAAAAGUUCUUCGAAGCAACCUCUUAGAAACGCAGCAACACGCACAUUUCAUGACCCAAAUGCCAUCUACAGUGAACUUAUUCUAUGGCGGGUAGACCCAAUAGGACCCUUGUCAUACACUGGAGGGGUCUCAGAGCUGGCUCGAAUUAACUCUUUACACACUUCAGCCUUCUCUAAUGUUGCUUGGCUUCCAACUCUCAUUCCCAGUUACUGUCUUGGUACAUAUUGCAAUUCUGCAAGUGCCUGUUUUGUUGCUUCUGACGGCAAAAAUCUGAGGCUCUACCAAGCUGUGGUAGAUGCAAGGAAGUUAUUGGAUGAACUUUCAGAUCCAGAAUCAUCAAAGCUUAUUGGAGAAGUGUUUAAUAUUGUGAGCCAACAGUCUACUGCUCGACCUGGAUGCAUUAUUGAACUUGAUGCUAUAACCAACCAGUGUGGCUCAAAUACACAGUUGCUUCAUGUGUUUCAAGAAGACUUCAUUAUAGGAUAUAAACCUCAUAAGGAAGAAAUGGAGAAAAAGGAAACAGAAGUGCUUUUUCAGCCAUCACAAGGAUAUCGCCCACCACCAUUUUCAGAAAAGUUCUUUCUGGUAGUAAUUGAAAAGGACAGCAAUAAUAACUCUAUUCUUCAUAUGUGGCACCUUCAUCUUAAAUCUGUACAGGCAUGUUUGGCUAAAGCUUCAGAAGGUGUUUCAUCGGAGAGUCUACUUUCAGUUCCUGGACAAAAGAGUAUAGACUCUUCUCUAGAAUCUUCUCUUAAUGUGAGCCCCAUGCCCCAUUCUUCAUCAAUCGCCAACCUUCAGACUGCUAGUAAACUUAUUCUGAGUUCUAGACUGGUAUAUAGCCAACCUCUUGAUCUCCCCGAAGGAGUUGAAGUGAUCAGAGCAACACCUUCAGCAGGACAUCUGAGUUCCUCUUCAAUUUAUCCAGUGUGCCUUGCACCUUACUUAGUGGUCACAACUUGCUCUGACAAUAAAGUCCGCUUCUGGAAGUGCAGUAUGGAGAUCAGCCCACAGUGUGAGAGUGAAGAGAAGGAAACCUAUCAUUGGCGGAGAUGGCCCUUGAUGAAUGACCAAGGGGAAGAUAAUAGCAGUACAGUGAGCAUUGUGGGAAGACCAGUUGCUGUUAGCUGUUCAUACACAGGCCGCCUUGCAGUGGCCUACAAACAACCGAUCCAACAUAAUGGUUUUGUUUCUAAAGAAUUUUCCAUGCAUGUGUGCAUAUUUGAAUGUGAAUCCACAGGCGGGUCAGAAUGGGCUCUAGAACAAACCAUUCAUCUUGAUGAUUUGGUCAAGGUGGGGAGCGUACUUGAUUCAAGGAUCAGUGUCGACAGUAAUCUGUUUGUGUACUGCAAAUCAGAUACAGUUUUGAGCAAGGAUAGAUACCUUAUUCCAAAUAUCAAGCACUUAGUUCAUUUGGACUGGGUAUCAAAAGAAGAUGGCUCCCACAUUCUUACAGUAGGGGUUGGUGCUAAUAUCUUCAUGUAUGGCCGGCUUUCAGGAAUUGUGACUGAGCCGACCAAUAGUAAGGAUGGGGUUGCUGUCAUUACAUUACCGCUAGGUGGUAGUAUCAAGCAGGGAGUGAGGUCAAGGUGGGUUCUUCUUAGAUCAAUAGAUUUAGUAUCUUCUGUUGACGGCACACCUUCAUUGCCUGUUUCCCUCUCUUGGGUGAGAGAUGGGAUAUUGGUGGUGGGGAUGGACUGUGAAAUGCAUGUAUAUGCACAGUGGAAGCAUGCUGUCAAGUUUGGAGACACUGAAGUUGAUAGCCCUGAUGCAGAAGAGACAGCAGUGCAAGAGCAUUCUGCCUUCAAGUCUAACAUGUUGUCCAGGAAAAGUAUUGUUGAAGGAACAGCCAUCGCUGACGAUGUUUUCUGUUCACCAACUGUAGUUCAAGACGGUGGGUUAUUUGAGGCCGCACAUGUGCUUUCCCCAACUCUCCCACAAUACCAUCCAACUCAACUGUUAGAACUGAUGGACUUAGGGAAAGUUAGAAGGGCCAAAGCCAUCUUGUCUCACUUAGUAAAAUGUAUCGCCGGUGAAGUUGCAAUAGUUAGAGAUCCUGAUGCUGGAGAAGGAACUAAACGGCACCUCUCACGAACCAUCAGUGUAAGUGGCAGUACAGCGAAGGAUACAGUCACCAUAGGCAAAGAUGGUACCCGAGAUUACACCGAGAUAGAUUCCAUUCCUCCACUACCACUGUAUGCACUGCUUGCUGCAGACCAAGAUACAACGUACAGAAUUUCAGAAGAAAGUGCAAAAUUACCACAGAGCUUUGACGAUCAUACCAGAAGUCAGGCAGAGGAUGAGUAUUCAGAGUUGUUCCAAAUGCAGGAUAUCACAACAGAUGAUAUUGAUUUAGAGCCAGAGAAGAGAGAACACAAAUCCAAAGUGAUAAAUCUUUCUCAAUAUGGACCUGCUUACUUUGGUCAGGAGCAUGCAAGGGUACUUUCAAGUCAUCUUAUGCACUCAAGUCUACCAGGCCUGACCCGCUUGGAGCAGAUGUUCCUGGUAGCUUUGGCAGAUACAGUGGCUACCACCAGUACAGAGCUUGAUGAAAACAGAGAUAAGAACUACUCAGGAAGAGACACAUUAGAUGAGUGUGGUUUGAGGUACUUGCUAGCUAUGCGUUUGCACUCAUGCCUUUUGACAUCACUACCUCCUUUAUACCGAGUGCAGCUGCUUCAUCAAGGUGUGUCUACUUGCCAUUUUGCCUGGGCUUUUCAUUCUGAGGCCGAGGAAGAACUGAUUAAUAUGAUUCCAGCCAUUCAGAGAGGAGAUCCUCAGUGGUCUGAGUUAAGAGCUAUGGGAAUUGGUUGGUGGGUCAGGAAUAUUAACACUCUUCGAAGAUGUAUUGAAAAGGUUGCCAAAGCUGCUUUUCAAAGGAACAAUGAUGCCUUAGAUGCUGCAUUAUUCUACCUUUCAAUGAAGAAGAAAGCAGUAGUAUGGGGUCUGUUCAGGUCACAGCAUGAUGAAAAAAUGACAACAUUUUUUAGCCAUAAUUUUAAUGAAGAUCGAUGGCGUAAAGCUGCUUUGAAAAAUGCCUUCUCUUUACUUGGAAAGCAACGCUUUGAACAGUCUGCUGCUUUUUUCUUGUUAGCAGGUUCACUAAAAGAUGCUAUUGAGGUAUGUCUUGAAAAAAUGGAAGAUAUUCAGCUAGCUAUGGUUAUUGCCCGUCUAUACGAAUCUGAAUUUGAGACCUCAUCCACCUAUAUAUCCAUCCUAAACCAGAAGAUUUUAGGUUGCCAAAAAGAUCGCUCAGGAUUUGACUGCAGAAGAUUACACCCAGAUCCUUUCCUGCGUAGUCUUGCCUACUGGGUCAUGAAAGAUUACACCCGCGCCUUGGACACAUUGUUGGAACAAACACCAAAAGAGGACGAUGAACACCAAGUUAUCAUCAAAUCUUGUAACCCAGUGGUGUUUAGUUUCUACAACUACCUUCGAACUCAUCCUUUGCUUAUUCGAAGAAACCUUGCCUCCCCUGAAGGAACUCUGGCAACCUUGGGUCUCAAAACGGAGAAAAACUUUGUUGAUAAAAUUAAUCUCAUAGAAAGAAAACUAUUCUUUACCACUGCAAAUGCACAUUUUAAGGUUGGAUGCCCUGUUUUAGCCUUGGAGGUUCUCUCCAAAAUUCCCAAAGUUACCGUCAUAUCUGCCUUAUCUACCAAAAAAGACCAGGCCAAGCUCGUUUCUAAAAAGAGGGCUGAUGAACCUACAGAGUCAAAAACUCCGAGUGAUGGCUACACAGCUUCUGGCACUGACUGGUCAAGUGUAACUUCAUCACAGUUUGACUGGAGUCAGCCAGUAGUAAAAGUUGAAGAGGAACCUCUCAAUCUUGACUGGGGUGAGGAACACGAUAGUGCCUUAGAGGAAGAGGAGGACGAUGCUGUUGGGUUAGUCAUGAGAAGUGCACCAGAUGGACAAGACCAGAGAGCUUCUGAGCCUAGUAGGUUACUGACUCCGCAGGAAGAGGAUGAUGUCAAAGGUGACACCGAAGUCGACGUGAUUGCUGAGCAGCUGAAAUUCAGAGCUUGUUUAAAGAUCCUAAUGACGGAACUGAGAACACUGGCGACAGGCUAUGAGGUCGACGGCGGGAAACUCCGAUUUCAACUCUACAACUGGCUCGAGAAGGAAAUUGCUGCCUUGCAUGAGAUAUGCAGUCACGAGUCAGUCAUUAAAGAGUAUGCCGUGAAGGCGUAUUCCAGGGUAGAGAGUGAUCUUCUGGAUCAGGAAGAAACAGUGGACAAACCAGAUAUUGGUUCCUACGAACGGCACCAAAUAGAAAGACGGAGAUUGCAGGCUAAACGAGAGCACGCAGAAAGGCGAAAGCUGUGGCUGCAGAAAAACCAAGACCUCCUGAGAGUGUUUCUCAGUUACUGCAGCCUUCAUGGGGCCCAGGGAGGUGGCUUGGCCUCAGUAAGGAUGGAACUCAAAUUUUUGCUGCAGGAGUCACAGCAGGAAACUACAGUGAAGCAGCUGCAGUCCCCACUGCCACUGCCAACCACCCUACCUCUGCUCUCAGCAAGCAUCGCUUCCACAAAAACAGUCAUUGCUAAUCCUGUACUGUACUUAAACAACCACAUCCAUGAUAUACUUUACACCAUUGUUCAGAUGAAAACCCCACCGCAUCCCAGCACUGAAGAUUUGAAGGUGCACACGCUCCAUUCACUAGCAGCUUCACUGUCUGCAUCCAUUUACCAAGCACUGUGCGACAGUCACAGCCACAGCAGCCAGACAGAAGGAAAUCAGUUUACAGGAAUGGCUUAUCAAGGACUUCUUCUAAGUGAUCGUCGAAGACUAAGAACAGAAAGCAUUGAAGAACAUGCAACACCAAAUUCUUCCCCUGCUCAGUGGCCUGGUGUGAGCUCACUUAUUAACCUCUUGAGUUCAGCCCAAGAUGAAGACCAGCCCAAGUUGAACAUUUUGUUGUGUGAAGCUGUUGUCGCUGUUUACUUAAGCUUAUUAAUACAUGCUCUCGCCACAAAUUCCUGCAAUGAAUUGUUUCGACUUGCAGCCCACCCACUCAAUAAUCGAAUGUGGGCUGCUGUUUUUGGAGGAGGUGUAAAGCUUGUUGUGAAACCUCAAAAGCAAGCAGAAAAUAUUUCAGCACCUCCAGCUCCUUCUGAAGACAUAGAUAAACACCGUAGGAGAUUCAACAUGCGAAUGCUGGUCCCUGGAAGACCUGUAAAAGAUGCUACCCCACCACCAGUGCCUGCAGAAAGACCAUCUUACAGAGAGAAGUUUAUUCCUCCUGAGCUUAGUAUGUGGGACUAUUUUGUUGCAAAGCCAUUUCUCCCUUUGUCUGAUAGUGGUGUUAUAUAUGACUCUGAUGAAAGCAUUCAUAGUGAUGAAGACGAAGAUGAUGCUUUUUUUUCAGACACGCAGAUACAGGAGCACCAAGACCCAAAUUCCUAUAGCUGGGCUCUUCUACAUUUGACAAUGGUUAAGCUAGCACUUCACAAUGUCAAAUGUUUCUUUCCUGUUGCUGGGUUGGAAUUCUCUGAGUUGCCUGUAACGUCACCACUGGGAAUUGCUGUGAUUAAAAAUCUGGAGAACUGGGAACAGAUCUUGCAAGAGAAAAUGGACCAAUUUGAAGGCCCACCUCCCAACUAUAUCAAUACAUAUCCAACUGACCUUUCAGUGGGUGCUGGGCCAGCUCUUCUUCGAAAUAAAGCCAUGCUGGAACCUGAAAAUACUCCAUUCAAAUCCCGGGAUUCUUCUGCACUUCCAGUGAAACGUCUUUGGCAUUUUCUUGUUAAACAAGAGAUCCUUCAGGAGACAUUUAUUAGAUAUAUUUUCACCAAGAAGAGAAAACAGAGUGAGUUGGUAGAAGAACAUGUGGAGCAGGUCAAACACAACUCCACAGCAGAAGAUUUCCACAUCAAGGUUGAAGCUGACAUGGGUUAUCCAGGUGGAAAAGCAAAGAUCAUUCAUAAGGAAUCAGAUAUGAUCAUGGCAUUCUCUGUCAACAAGGCAAAUUCUAAUGAAAUUGUUUUGGCAUCAACACAUGAUGUACAAGAACUUGACGUUACUUCUCUGCUGGCCUGCCAGCCAUAUAUAUGGAUUGGAGAAGAAUUUGACAGGGAAUCCAAAAGUUCAGAUGAUAUUGACUAUCGUGGUUCUACUACAACUCUGUAUCAGCCCAGUACGAUGUCUCAUUCAGCAAGUCAGGUGCAUCCGAUGUCCUCCCUGCCAUGGCUGGGCAGUGGCCAGACCAGCACUGGAGCCAGUGUGCUUAUGAAAAGGAAUCUACAUAAUGUUAAGCGGAUGACCUCUCACCCAGUUCAUCAAUACUAUCUCACAGGUGCUCAGGACGGCAGUGUGCGAAUGUUUGAAUGGACACGACCACAGCAACUUGUUUGCUUCCGCCAAGCUGGAAAUGCAAGGGUUACCAGAUUAUAUUUUAAUUCACAAGGCAACAAGUGCGGUGUUGCUGACGGAGAAGGUUUCCUGAGUAUUUAUCAAGUGAACCAGACUGCAUCGAAUCCGAAACCUUACAUGAGUUGGCAGUGCCACAGUAAAGCCACAAGUGACUUUGCAUUUAUUACCUCAUCAAGUCUAGUUGCCACAUCUGGACAGUCCAAUGACAACAGAAAUGUUUGCCUCUGGGACACACUGAUCUCUCCUGGAAACAGCCUCAUUCAUGGGUUCACAUGCCACGACCACGGAGCCACGGUCCUGCAGUAUGCACCAAGACAGCAGCUUCUAAUCUCCGGCGGCAGGAAAGGUCACGUCUGCAUCUUUGACAUCAGGCAGAGACAGCUCCUUCACACAUUCCAGGCACACGACUCGGCGAUUAAGGCCCUCGCCCUGGACCCCUGUGAGGAGCACUUCACUACGGGGUCCGCAGAAGGCAACAUCAAGGUCUGGAGAUUGACUGGCCAUGGGCUGAUUCAUUCAUUUAAACAUGAGCACGCCAAACAGUCCAUCUUUCGGAAUCUUGGGGCCGGGGUAAUGCAGAUUGACAUCACCCAGGGCAACCGACUCUUCUCCUGUGGGGCAGACGGCACACUGAAAACCAGGGUUCUGCCCAGCGCUUUUAACAUCCCUACCAGGAUUCUUGACAUUCUUUAGACGGAAAGAUGGCAGCUUUAUUUUUAUAAAUGUUUUCAGUCUAAAAAACAGCAGCGAUUACUAGGCACUUCUGCUCUCCAGGCAGUUGUUAACAUAUUUAAAAUCAUCCAGAGUUUCUCUGCUGACUGCUAUGUUGCUGAUUCAGGUGUUUCUUCCUCUGCUUACCACUGACUGAAGCAUACCUGCAGUCUCCUCUGUUGAAAGAAGGGUAGUAGUCCUAAUGAGUUAGAAGUGUAGCCCACCAGGAGAACUCGAGGUAUGGAGCAGUGACAGGUCAUUUCCAUUCUUUCCUGCUGAAUAUUGUUCCUGUUAGUGUUUCUACUGAGCUAGUACUGCAACUUGCAAAGAGUGCAAAUUUAAAUGCAAUGUUUUCCUCACAAUUUGCACAGAUUUUUUUUUUUGGACUGAGUUUUUCUAUUUGAAUAUUUGCCUUCACAUUAGGAAUGUUAUAUGUGAACAUGACAUUUGUAGUUGACCAAAACAUACUGAUUUAGUACUUUUUCUUUCCAUGUAUUCAAGGCUGCACACCUGCAAUAUUUUAAGGCUAUGUCACAACUGCAUCUAUAGAGCAUCUCAUAGUUAAGAUGAAUGUUAGGCUUUUUUGUGGCCAGUUACUUGGUGAUGAGAUGGGUGAUAUUAUGUAUUACCACUGCUUAUUGUAUCAACUAUGCAGAGUUAAAUAUUAUUUGCUUGUACAAAAUGAGCCAAUGUUGUCAUAUUUUGAUGUAUUUCUUUGGUUAUGACCAAAAAAUAUGUUCUUGAGAUAUGGAAAACCAAUGUCUGUGUGUUUAAAUGUUUACCAGCAAAAUCAUCUCAUCAUGUUUAUGAGAAUGUUUAAUGCCUGUGUGGUAAAUUAAAAUAUAAUGGCAUAAAAGCACCUUUCCCUGAAGGUAGUGUGAUGUUUGGGCUGUUAAAAACACAUGUAAAAUAAAAAAUAAAUGUUAUUUGUUAGAGUUUU